AUGGCUAUACCAACAAUCCGGCAUGUGAGGAUUGUAUUUUACCCUAUUCUCGCAGCUUUCGGUGUUCCGGCGGGCACGGCCCCACUUACUCCGGGCCAGUACCGGCUCAAUAAUAAUGAGUUCCGUUGGGUGGAAUCUGUCGACUGCACAUCAGCCGAUCCUCCUACAGCCACUGUGUUCAGCUGUGUCACGGCUCUCAUUCACUACGGCUGGUGUCUGAAUGGGGCUUCGAGGGUAAGAUCCAUUGAAAUGACGGUCCCACGGGUAGGGAAAGUAGGGCGCAAGGGAGCGAACCUAUUGACAAUGGUGGUCCUCUUCCGAGGGAAUUGCGGCCUUUCCAAAUGUAUAUCGCUCUACAUGGCUUUCAUGGCAAUGGCUGAUCUCCUGGUGAUGAUCGUCUCUGUAAUUGCGUAUCAUAUCGUCAUGUACCAGUUUCCAAAAUCCUUCCUGUCCUAUACAUCCGUCUGUAAGUUCGUCCUGUACUUCAAUUCGACCAGCCUGCAAACCUCGGUCUGGUACACUGUCCUGUUUACAGCCGAUCGGUUUGUAGCAAUCUGUUUUCAGAAGCUUAAAAUGAAAUAUUGCACGGCGAGGACAGCUGUUGCCGGCAGUAUAACCGUGUCGCUCCUGAUGCAUUUACAGAACGUCCCGUAUCUAUUAGAGUAUAAACCUGUGCGUGUAGUUAACGGUAUUCAAUGGGGCUCUCAGCCGAGCUCGUGGUUCAUUACGUCUCUUGUGGGCGUCGCAUUCUCCUUUCUGCAGAGUAUUUUAACGGUUAUAUUACCUUUUGUUCUGAUAACCCUGUUUAACUGUCUGACGGUAAGGCGCAUUUUAUUAGCCAGUAAAUUGCGCCGUGGACUGCGUGGUCACAGCAGUCAAACACAGAAGGAUCCGAAGAUGGAAAGCCGCCGGAAAUCCAUCAUUUUACUCUUUAGUGUGUCCGGCAGUUUCAUUCUGUUGUGGCUGACGGCCGCCGUGAGCUUUCUGACCACCCGACUCACAGCAACCGCGCAUUACGACGGCGAUUACACCGACUCUGCCUAUGUCGCCACUGAAGCCGGCUACAUGCUCAUGUAUCUGAGUUCCUGCACGAACGCCUGCAUUUAUACAGCGACCCAGGCUAAGUUUAGAGAAGAAUUGCGGCUGGUGUUAAAAUACCCUUGGACUUUAUUUUUAAAAUUGGUUACAAAACACGGGUAA